AUGCUAAGAUCAAUGGAAGCUGAAAUUUUUUUGAAUUCUGGCAGAAAUCUAACUAUCUCUGGUGUUAAAAAACUACACAAGACUAAUAUUCAUGCUAUAGGAGAUCACAUAGAAGCAGCAUCCUCGGCAUCUCUUGCAUGUGCUUCCGGAGGAAAAAUCGAAGUAAGCGGUAUAAGACCUGAGUUAUUAAGACAUUUCCUUUGGUAUUACAACCAAAUCGGCGGCAGUUAUCAGCUGGUAAACGCAGAAACUAUCUUAUUUUCUAGUAAAGGCGCAUUAUCCCCAGUUACAAUUGAAACGGAUGUAUAUCCAGGAUUUUCAACCGAUUGGCAGCAGCAUUUUGCAACACUUUUGAUACAAGAAAAUGGCAUGUCUGUGACACAUGAAACUGUAUAUAAACAAAGAUUUGGUUAUUUAGAAGUAUUAAAUAAACUUGGGGCUAAAACACAAACUACUAAGAUGUGCCUUGGUUCAUUGGAUUGUAGAUACAAAGGCUGUGAUUAUGCACAUAGCGCAUUAAUACACGGUCCAACAGCAUUAACAGCUAUAGAUAAACCUAUAGCUGUGCCAGACAUUAGAGCGGGAUUAGCUUAUUUAAUAGCAGCAACUCUAGCAGAAGGAACAACAAUUCUGACAACUGCAACUCAUAUAGAAAGAGGAUAUGGAAACCUCAUUGAUAAACUCUCAAGAACAAAUCUUGAAAUAGAAGGUAUUCCAACUUGA